CAACAACAACUACUACUACUACUACUACUACCACCACCACCACCACCACUGCCACCACCACAAGUUCUGCAUUUUCCACCCACCUAGCCUAACCCUCCCUCAUCCCUCCCAACACCCCUCCCUCGCUGCUACACCACAAUCCCUAACACUUAACCACUCUCACCAUCUCUCCCGUGCAGUACACACACGCACGCACGCAGCAAGCCCCACCAAGACCCACUAAACCAAGACAAGCCACACGAAGCCAUGGCCAGAGAUUAGAAGUUCCCAAAUCCCUCAGUAAACCACCAUGAAAAAGCUUAACAUCCUCUCGAGUCUUGUGAUUCUAAUGGUGGCGAGUGGCGAGACGAAGAGUGCCGCUAGAGUAUUGAUUCUGCACCCGAUCUACGCUGGCAGUCACGAGCUUACACUAAGAAGGUUUGGGGAAGAGCUGGUGAAGAGAGGCCACGAGGUAACCCAGGUGAGAUGGCGCUCCAGCAAGACUCGCCAGGUGACUUCCACUGUGCAGGUGAUGACUCUCAGCCCCAAUAACAGUGAUCUCAGGUACCCGUACAUGGAGAGAGAUGGUACUUUUCAGCUUCCCGCCUCUUUGCUGUGGGAGAGACCGAGAAGAUUGUGGCAGAUCCCGACAGACGUGUUCUCCCUGAUAGACGCUCACUGCCUCUCGCUGCUCGGUGAUCCUGCCCUCGCCCAGCACCUCGCUAGCCUCAACUUCACCGUGGCGCUGGUGGACCUCAUAGCUAACGAGUGUUCUCUGGCCCUGGCUCACCGUCUUGGCCUGCCUGUUGUGGGGUUCUGGGGGUUCUCCUUCCAGGGUGGCGAGGCCCGGGCAAUGGGUGUGUUCCAGUCCCCAGCUAUAGUGCCCACCUUCCUGAGUGAGGUGGGGGCUGACAUGGGCUUCCGUGAGAGGCUUUGGAACUCUCUAGUGGCUCUUGCGGAGUCUGUUAUCAUUGGCUACCACCUCUCCAGGACUGAUUACCAUAUACAGCGCCUCGCCCCACAAACCCCGAGGAGUCACCAGCUGCUGUCCGAGGUGGAGGCGGUGCUGGUCCACUCCCACUGGCUCCUGGACUACCCCAAGCUGAUGCCGCCCCACGUCCACUACAUCGGCUGCAUCCAGUGUGGCCCUCCUUCCCCCCUACCGCCUGCCCUCAACUCCUGGGUGGGAAGCGCUGCAGCAGGCGUGGUCCUCUUCUCCCUGGGUUACACGGGAUACGAGGCGUCAGCAGUGCCCGUGGAGGUCAUGCGUGCCUUCCUCGCGGCCUUCUCUCGCCUCCCACAGCGGGUACUCCUUCGCUUCAACCCUGCCCUACUGCCUCGCCUCCCAGAGAACGUGAUGGUCAUGGACUGGCUGCCACAACACGAUCUGCUGGGCCAUCCCAACACGGUGCUCUUCGUCUCUCACUGCGGCCAGAACAGCAUUAACGAAGCAGUGUACCAUGGCGUCCCUCUGGUGGCUGUCCCGGUGUUCGCUGACCAGGGGGACAACGCCAGGCGGGUGGUGGACAGGGGUCUUGGUGUGCUGGUGGACAAGACGGAGAUAUCUGAAGAAGGGAUCCACGCUGCUAUUACGUCUGUUCUCCGUAAUCCUAAGUACCGCCACACAGCCAGGAGGUUCUCAAGACUCUGGCAGGAGGACGUGAAGGCGAGGGAGUCAGGGCUGGAGGUCGCUGUUGGAUGGAUCAGAAAGGUUCAUCUAUUCGGCAGCCUCCCUCACCUUCGUAUGCCAGGCGCUCAGUACUCGCUCCUUCAGUACUUCGCCUUGGAUGUCAUGUUCUUCCUCCUGCUGGUUCUCCUGGUUCCUCUCUGCCUCCUCUUCUGUUUCUGCCGCAGGAGUUCUUCGCCGUCUAACCCCACUGGUGGUAAACUUAAAGUGAAUUAGUGUGUGUGUGUGUGUGUGUGUGUGUGUGUGUGUGUGUGUGUGUGUGUGUGUGUGUGUGUGUUUUGUGGUGGUGCUCGUGGUUUACUUGAGUUUAGGUUAAAAUUUGUUACGUUUUGUGUGUGUGUGUGUGUGUAUGGUUUAGUUAGUCUCUCUCUCUCUCUCUCUCUCUCUCU